AAAUCACAUCAUUUUCACUACCGCAUCAAAAAUCAGAUCUCUCUCCAAGAAAAAAAAAUGUCAGGAAGAGGAAAAGGCGGCAAGGGUUUGGGAAAGGGCGGUGCCAAGCGCCACCGCAAAGUGCUGAGGGAUAACAUUCAGGGCAUCACAAAGCCGGCGAUUCGACGGUUGGCUCGCCGUGGUGGAGUGAAGCGUAUCAGUGGGCUUAUAUACGAGGAGACACGUGGCGUCCUCAAGAUCUUCCUUGAGAACGUUAUCCGUGAUGCUGUCACCUACACUGAGCACGCUCGCCGUAAAACUGUGACGGCCAUGGACGUUGUGUACGCCCUCAAGAGGCAGGGGAGGACCUUAUAUGGAUUCGGCGGUUAAAUUGCUUUGGUUAGGGUUGGGGAGAGGGAUUUUGGGCGGUGUUGAAGUUUUGUAUAAAUGGGGGAACUUUGUUGGGGGAAGUGUUUUGUGUUAGGUUUAAAUGACUGUGCUUUGAUCUGUCUUAAAUCCUUAAUCUGUUCUUCAAUCAAUGAAAUUCUGUUUCCAUUUAUUUUUUA